AUGGUGAUUACUCUUAUACACUUACUUAUUCAAAUUAUUAGUAUUCUUAGUGUUAUUGUAUGUUGUUAUGGAUCUACCCUAUAA